GAAGAAGAGAGCGAAGAAGAACCCAAGCUCAAGUAUGAAAGGCUUUCCAAUGGGGUAACAGAAAUUCUCCAGAAAGAUGCAGCCAGUUGCAUGACUGUACAUGAGAAGUUUUUAGCUCUGGGUACCCAUUAUGGCAAAGUAUAUCUACUGGAUGUCCAAGGGAACAUCACCCAAAAAUUUGACAUUAGCCCCGUGAAGAUAAAUCAGAUCAGCCUGGAUGAAAGCGGAGAACACAUGGGUGUCUGCUCUGAGGACGGCAAGGUGCAGGUGUUUGGAUUGUAUUCCGGAGAAGAAUUUCAUGAAGUAUUUGACUGUCCUAUUAAAAUUGUUGCCGUUCAUCCUCAGUUUUUGAGAUCCCAUUGCAAACAGUUUGUAACAGGUGGGAAAAAACUGUUGCUCUUUGAACAGAACUGGAUGAAAAGGUGGAAGUCAUUCGUUCUGCAUGAGGGAGAAGGAAACAUACGGAGUGUGAAAUGGCAAGGAAAUUUAAUUGCUUGGGCCAACAACAUGGGUGUGAAGAUCCUUGACAUCAUCUCAAAGCAAAGAAUCACCAAUGUUCCCCGAGAUGACCUAAGCCUUCGACCUGAUAUGUAUCCCUGCAGCCUCUGCUGGAAGGAUAACGUGACGCUGAUUAUUGGCUGGGGAACUUCCGUGAAGAUCUGUUCGGUGAAGGAACGACAUGCCAGUGAAAUGAGAGACUUGCCUAGUCGCUACGUUGAAAUCGUUUCUCAGUUCGAUACCGAAUUCUACAUCAGUGGGCUCGCACCUCUCUGUGACCAGCUCGUAAUACUGUCAUAUGUCAAAGAGAUUUUGGAGAAAACGGAAAGGGAAUGCUGUGCCCGACCUAGACUGGAUAUCAUUCAGCCACUGCCUGAGGCUUGUGAAGAGAUCUCUUCAGAUGCCCUAACAGUUCGGGGCUUUCAGGAAAAUGAAUGUAGAGAUUAUCGUUUGGAGUACUCCGACGGCGAAUCGCUCUUUUACAUCGUCAGCCCGAGGGAUGUCGUCGUGGCCAAGGAACGAGACCAAGAUGAUCACAUCGACUGGCUCCUCGAAAAGAAGAAAUAUGAAGAAGCUUUGAUGGCUGCAGAGAUUAGCCAGAAGAACAUAAAAAGGCAUAAGAUUCUGGAUAUAGGCCUGGCUUAUAUAAAUCACCUCGUGGAAAAAGGAGAGCAUGAUCUGGCAGCACGCAAAUGCCAGAAAAUUCUUGGGAAAAACACAGCACUCUGGGAAUGUGAAGUUUAUAAAUUCAAAGAAAUAGGACAGCUCAAGGCUAUCAGUCCCUACUUGCCCAGAGGGGAUCCAGUUCUGAAGCCACUCAUCUACGAAAUGAUCCUGCAUGAGUUUUUGGAGAGUGACUAUGAGGGUUUCGCGACACUGAUCAGAGAAUGGCCUGGAGAUCUCUAUAACAAUUCGGUAAUAGUUCAAGCGGUUUUGGAUCACCUCAAGAGAGAUCCUCAGAACAGGACUUUGCUCAGAACUCUGGCCGAAUUGUACACCUAUGACCAACGUUACGGUAAUGCCCUUGAAAUCUAUUUGACUCUGAGGCACAAAGACGUCUUUCAGUUGAUCCACAAGCACAAUCUUUUCAGUUCUAUUAAGGACAAAAUUGUUCUGCUAAUGGAUUUUGAUUCAGAGAAAGCUGUGGACAUGCUUUUGGAUAAUGAAGAUAAAAUUUCAAUUAAAAAAGUGGUGGAGGAAUUAGAAGACAGGCCAGAGCUGCAACAUGUGUACUUGCACAAACUUUUCAAGAGAGAUCACCACAAAGGACAGUGUUACCACGAGAAGCAAAUCAGCCUCUACGCUGAGUUUGACCGGCCCAAUUUGCUUCCGUUCCUCCGCGACAGUACACACUGCCCCUUGGAAAAGGCCCUUGAGAUCUGCCAACAGAGAAACUUUGUAGAAGAGACGGUCUAUCUUCUGAGCAGAAUGGGAAAUAGCCGGAGUGCCCUGAAAAUGAUCAUGGAAGAAUUACAUGAUGUUGAUAAAGCAAUUGAGUUUGCCAAGGAGCAAGAUGAUGCGGAACUGUGGGAAGAUCUGAUUUUAUAUUCCAUUGACAAGCCACCAUUCAUUACCGGCCUCUUAAAUAACAUUGGCACCCAUGUCGACCCAAUUCUUCUGAUUCACCGAAUCAAGGAAGGCAUGGAGAUUCCCAAUCUGAGAGACUCCCUCGUCAAAAUUCUGCAGGAUUACAAUUUACAGAUUCUGCUUCGAGAAGGCUGCAAGAAGAUACUCGUGGCCGACUCUCUGUCCCUACUGAAGAAAAUGCAUCGCACUCAAAUGAAAGGUGUCCUCGUAGGGGAGGAAAACAUCUGUGAAUCAUGCCUUUCCCCCAUUCUUCCUUCAGAUGCAGUGAAGCCCUUCAGCGUGAUCAUUUUCCACUGCCGACAUAUGUUCCACAAAGAAUGUCUGCCGGUGCCCAGCAUGGUCUCACCCCUCCAGUUCUGCAACAUCUGCAGUGCCAAGAACCGGGGGCCUGGCAGCACCAUCUUGGAGAUGAAAAAAUAAUGAGGCUCUUUCUCUGCCACCUUCCUCCCCCUCCAGCCCCUCCAGACUCCUUCGGGGCAUUCCUGAAUGGUCCAGUCAACUACGAGGCUGAUAGCAAACCGCACAUCAGCAUGUAACAGGAAAUGGGUAACUGUUUGGAGAGAAGUGACAUGAGGCAGGCCUAGCUUUUAUUUCGUUUCACAGAACUUUUCAACCUUCAUGCAAGUGGGGUAUUCCUUAUUCUGUAAUGAAACAUAAGCCCCGUGGAAAAUUGAAUUUCUUAGGUCCUAGUGAAACUCACCAGUAAUUAAAGUAGAUCUAUGCCAUGGAUUCUGACCUUGACACCUUGAAAACUGCAAGACAUUUGUCCAUAUGAGUUCCACUUCCUAGUCCAGCAGUAUCUCAAAUAAGCUAUUGAUGGGCCCUUUUCAGACUUUUAUACUGUGCCCCUCUCUUCCUGCCCCCAGUGAGAUUGGCAUGACUCUGAAAAACCCUUCAACGAAUGGCGUAGGCUCUGACGAUACUGAUGGUAGUAUUUGAAAAACAGAUCACCUGUGGGCAUUCGAUGAUAUAAGUUAAGUUGUAUUUCAGAGCAUUUGAGAAGAUGAAAUAACAGCCAUUGCAGAGCUAGAGUUUGUACAUCACCCCACUCCUAUUUCCUAAAUAGUCUUCCCUUUCCUCAACACAGAAUGGUUUCUGGGCUUUAAAGGAUCUGCAUCAAAUCUAGGUAGCAAACAUCUCCGGUUUUAUUACCCUGAAAAACCAAGAUUGUUGUUUCUUCCUUGUUUCUCUGUUAUUUUUAACAUUUGCUUUAGCAUCUCUGAGGGAGAAUAAAUAGCCAAACCGAAAAGUCCUGGAAGGAUUUCUGUAAUAAAAUGAAUUCAGGCUUUGCUUUUCGCCUGUGAGUUUCAUGGCUUUGUGCUUUACGAAGCGAUGAUUAGUCUUUAGCCAGAAACCAGGCCUUUCCUGGGUCUUUCAGCUUGUCACAGUGGUCAGGGAGCUGGAAAGCUUGGUCACUGUAGCAGCCUUAAUUAGAAUCCAAGAAUACAUAGUUAAGUGAAGAUAAAAUGCCGGACCAUAUCCAUUGGGCCCAAGGCCCAAACCACCUCUUGUUAUAGUCCCUUGCUUUCAGAUUUAGCCAUACCGUAGUUGUCCAUCAACCAACAUCUGUUCAUUUAUCUUCAAGUUAGCUUCUUUCACUUACCUGAUAGUAAAGGCUACUGUAAUGUAACAUUGCUGUGUGAAUCAUGGCUCUCCCAUUGGGUGUUCAGUGGGGCAUUAAUUUUUUGUCAUUAAAGCAGACUCUGAAUUUAAAGAA